AUGAGCAUCAGGUCAAAGCUUUCUUCACUUAGAGAGUACUUGACUCCGAUAAACAACGAGUCAAAUUUCCGCAAAACAGGCGAAAUCUCUCCCGAGGAGUUUGUCAAGGCUGGCGACUACCUUGUCUACAAGUUUCCCACAUGGAAAUGGGGCACCUGCCCCAAGAACUUGCAAAGGAAAUUCUUGCCUCCUGAGAAACAGUUUCUUGUGACAAGACAUGUGCCUUCGUACCAACGUGUAUCUUCUUAUUUGCCUGACCAAGAGGAAGAUUCUCUGGAAGCAGAGAACCCAGAUAGCGACGCUGAGUGGGUGCCUAGAGUGAACUCAACGCCAGUAAAUGCCAUGAAACAACAGCAACAGCAGCAGGACUGCCAGAACGACCUUGAUGAAUUGAUAGAAGAGAACGUGGAGGAUAAUGUUGGAGAUGACGAUGUUGAUGGGUACACACACAUCGAGUCAAACGAGCUGACACUCAGGAAGUACGAUUUGUACAUUUCGUAUUCGACCUCUUACAGAGUACCCAAAAUGUACCUUGUAGGCUUCAACGCCAAUGGAAUUCCGCUUUUACCAAAACAGAUGUAUGAGGAUAUCUCGGGUGACUACAAGGACAAGACCGCCACCAUUGAGACGUUACCGAUGUCCACCAACACCACGGCGGUGUCUAUUCAUCCAUGCAAGCAUUCGAGUGUGAUGAGGGUAUUUAUGAACCACGCAAAACUGAGAGCUGCUAAGAAGGAGGGCGGCGUAGAGGAGCUGCAGGUGGCAGAAGACUUUGAAAAGUUGGAUCUUCAGGACAGAUCUGGCGGUGAUGCCAAUGAGGGCUUAGAUGGUGAUGAGACGGGAGAAAUCAGAGUAGACUGGUACUUGGUAAUCUUCCUCAAGUUCAUCGCCAGCGUUACCCCAGGUAUAGAGUAUGAUUUCACCAUGGAUGCUCUUUGA